AUGCCUGCAACCAACAAAACCUGGCACAUCCAGCACCACGCCCUCACACACAAACCAGACAAAACAAAGCGAUACAUCUGUCCAUCAGAAACAAGCCCCCACCUAGCAACCCUACUAAGCUUCCCCUCACGACGCUCUACCCUCCCAGAACUGCACGCCAAAACAACCAACGAGAUAAUAUCCCUCGCAGCAGCAAUCGCAGCCUUCGAGCCCGUCCGCCUGCACACCCGACCAGAAGACAUCCCGCAAGCCCAAGCCCUGCUCGACAAACAAACCACCCUCCCACCGCAGCACCGCGCCAACAUAUCCAUUGUCUCAGCCCCAACCAACCACUGCUGGAUCCGCGACACAGGACCCGUGUACAUCCGCAGUGCCGACGCAGCAGAUAAAUCCCGCUACGCAAUCGACUUCCGCUUCUGCGAAUGGGGCCACAAAACAACCGAACGCAUCUACGGCCCCAACGCCUCGUCCACAGCAGCAAAGGCGCUGGAGACUUCCCCGCAGUACGCGGAGUGGCCGGUCAUGGACGACGAAGCCAUGCGCGAGAACACGGCUUUUGCAAAGACCGUGCUAGAUCUCGAAAAUGCCAAGGCGAAUACUGUUAUGGAUGCUGUUAUGCGUGUGGAUACGGAUAUCAGGCUCGAGGGGGGCGGUAUUGAAGUUGACGGCGAGGGGACGUUUAUGGCAACGGAGAGUAGUAUUAUCGGAGAUGCGCGGAAUGCUGGACUCGGGAAGGCGGAAAUCGAGGCUGAGCUCGGCCGGUUGCUAGGUGUCACCACUUUUAUUUGGUUUCCUGGUCGCGUUGGGCUUGAUGUUACGGAUGUGCAUAUUGAUGCUGAGGCACGGUUUGUGAGGCCUGGUGUUGUUGUUGUGUGUCGUCCGCAUGAGAAGGCGGAGAAGGUGCAUUGGGAGAUCUAUUCGGAGAUUCGGGAGGUCUUGGAGAGAUCUACUGAUGCUCGUGGGCGUCGGUUCGAGGUUCAUGAUGUUGUUGAACCGGAUCCGAGCUGCGUUAAGGGAGAUGUUGCUGGAGAGGAGGAUGCGCCGGCGGCUUCGUAUGUUAACUUUUAUUUCGUCAACGGGGGACUGGUUAUGCCGGCGUUUGGGGAUGCUGAGGCUGAUGCGAAGGCCUUUGAGUUGCUGAAGGGGUUGGUUCCUGAGAGAGAGGUUCGUCAGGUUGAGGUUAAUGCCUUGCCUAGGACUGGAGGCGUGCUGCAUUGUGUUACGCAGCAGGUGAUGUGA